AAAACAAACUGUCAAAAAUGACACAUUGAACAACACGACACACACACAAAAGAAGAACGCAGGGAAUUUUUAGCUUUCGAAAAUAUUUAAAGUUUUUAAUUUUUCUAAAUAACUAAAUAAUUUAAAAUGGUGUUUGUAAAGAACUGGGAAGAUUUCGAAAUUGCUGCCGAAAAUAUGUACAUGGCUAAUCCCAUGGGAUGCCGCUACACCAUGAAAUAUGUGCAUACAAAGGGACACAUACUCAUGAAAAUGACGGACAAUGUUAAAUGCAUACAAUAUAAAGCUGAAAACAUGCCCGAUUUAAAGAAAAUUGAGAAAUUCACCAGUAAUCUAAUGGGUCAUAUGGCUUCCAAGGAAUAAAACACAAUUCCUAGCCCAAAACCCAACAACAAUAUUCCUCAACAAACAAACAUCUUACAUCUAAACAAACUAGGAAAAAUGUUUUAACGUGUUAAGUCAUCUUUUGAGUCCAGUGUAAGAGGAGCAGAUUUAGUUUAAGGCAUAUUAAUUAAAGCCGAUCAAGUGGUUUCAGAGUAAUUGUAAAUAUCCAUAGUUUAAAUAACAUUUUUGUUAAAAAAAAAAAAUUUUGUACAAAAAAAUGUUAGCUUUGUUAACCACUUUAUUAAAUCAUGUUCGGAAACACUUGGAAACGGGAGCGUCAUCUGCAGCAAUAAGGAAAUGUUUAUAAUUUUAUUUUAAAGUUUUUUUAUAUUGUUUUUUAAGAAAGCAUUUUUCUUAUAUUUUAUUUAAUGCUUAAUUUUUAAUGAAACAUUUCCAUAAAAUGUGCUUUUUUUGUAUUCAGUUUUUUUAUAAAUAUAAAAAAAAAUUGUGAACACAAAAAUUUUGCAAAAAAUGGUUUUUAUGAAAACUUAUUAUUAAAUAUUCUGAAUUUUAAAAGUGCAUUCAAAAAGUAAAAUUGUUUAUACCUAUUGUUUAAGAAAAGUGUGUUGUUCAAAUUUUAAUGGAUCAGAUACAUUUAGCAUGUUGCUACUACGACAAUAAAUAGGUGCCUAUCGUAGGUCUUACAAUGAAGAGUUUCGAAAUAAAACUACAACUUUUAUAAAACGAAAA